UGCAGUCACUAUGAGGGCAGAACAUUUGGAAAAAGAUACGCAGGAUGUUUGUUUACUGUGAAAUGAACUCGACUGGAAUUUAAACAACGCGCGACUCUACGAAGAAACUGAAAAAAAGGAACAAAAAGUAAGAAAUUCAAACUGUCGUUGCAUUUAGUCUCUGCAAAAACAGCGAACUGAAGUUUGUCAACCGCCCAAAUAGUUUAAGAAUGCAGCAGGGCACAAAGAACAGGGGCUUUUUCAGUGCAACCUGAUUCAAACUUGUUGCAGUCGUGUUGGAUAUUCGCCUUCGGGACAACAGAGGGGGUUUCCGUGGACUUUCUCCUGUCUGUGUCCCUCUGGAGUGUCUCUGUGUCUCUCGCUGUUACACGCUGCAGGAGCUGAUCUGAAGAGCCGCGUUAAUAAGCAAGGCAAAUUUAUUUGCACAGCACAAUUCAUGCACAAGGUGGUUGUCUCGGUCUUUCGAGUGGACACAAUGCAAGCCUCCGCAUGGACUACUACUAACAGACAGUGUCAACAGUUUGGGCAGCUUCCAUUAACACAUCCUCCUCAUUUCAACCAGACUACAAGCAGUAAUAAUGGGAGCAACGCAACUUAUCUCUCAUUAUUGCCAGUCAAUCAAAUGGCAUUGCUGGUUGGCCACUUUACCAUGUCCAGUUUUGGGACAAAGCAGGUGUCUACACAGAGACAAGACUUUGGGACUGCAAACAAUCAGUUACCAGCAAGUGGCCACCAGGGUUGUUAUCCAAACUCUACAGAGAACGCAUCACCCCUCUACACUCCAAAUGCCAAAAUGAACACAGUAGUUAGGCAGCAAGUAAACCAUGCGCAAAAGACGCCAAACCCCGGAAACCCACAAUCAACGGUGUGUUUUAAUAAUUAUGAACCACAGGGAGUGCAUCAAAGUUCGCACACUGAAAAUGUUACAGCACAAAUGAACAAUUCUACCGUUCCAUCUACAACGCAGGCUGGGUACAACACGCAAGCUUCUGUUCAAAGUCACAUCUACAACCAGUGUUCCCAGCAAAAAGCUCUCUCUUUGCCUUCCUAUUCACAAGCCAUUUCUGGCAAAAAUCAGUACACCGUCUCUUCUCCGGUAUCCAGUCCACAAAACGUUUACGCAGUUAGUACCCAAAUGAACUACUGCAUACCUCAAACAAAUUACAUAUGGACAGGUCAAGCGACAAACGCACAUUUUCGUAAUAACACACUCACGGCUGUCCCUGUUCAAAGGCACUGUCCAAAUCAGGAGCUCGCGCAGCAACAUUUCAUAAAUCUGAACCACAAUGCUUGUUCAAUGCAGCUGCCGUCUUCGACUUGCUUAUCACAAAACUCGAACGAACAGUUACACUUAAACAAAAGACCUGCUCCUCCACAGACUGUGAAGAAUGUGCCAACUAAGGAUCACUCCGCCAACCUUUCAGCCAGUACGAAGUCAGUGUCCUACCAGAAAAUUAAUGAUGUUCCAAGUGUGAAUCUUAACGCGCCUCUGACCCAAGGCGCUCAAAUGAACAAAUGCGACACAGCUGCUGCACAAGCGUCCAGUGGUACAGUUCAGAUAUCACCCAAUCGUGCCCUGCGUGCCGUCGCGGUAGUUUUGCCCUUGUCGCAAGAAAACUCUCCUGACGACCAUCCCUCUCCUACAGACAAACCGUCCCCGAAUGCCUCAUCAAAACCAUGUUUUUCCGGCAAUAACCAAAUGAAGGAUGCACAACUUAGUACCCCAGAGAAGUCACAACAAUUGACAAGCAGUUUCAGUGUUUCCUCAAAGAAAGCUGGUGUUCAAAACUCCUCGCCAUCUCUGUGCGAAAUGUCAAAAAUACUUGAUGCCGCACCCAAGCUGUCCUCUUUACCAUUAUCUUUUGCUCAGUUACUUAUGGGAACUCCUCAAACCUCGCCUAUUUCUGGAGGGUGUAAACAAAAAAUAGGGAAUAAAAAGACCCCAACAGAGAAGAAGCCAAGUGAAGAACCACUCUCCUCUGUACCAACCACUGAAUGGACUCUGAAGAUGUUGAAAGACAAAAUUUCAGAGAUGGAGAAUGAAAAUAAAUCUGACCGUAGCUUGAGAACACUUAUUACAACUGCAGGAGAAGCCGGUUUAUUUCACCCAACUGGGUUUAUGAAGAUAUGUAUGAAGCUCAGUCUCGAUACUGUAGUAUUAUCACACGUGACAAGCCAAACAGAUCUCAACAAAUUCCACGUACUUCAGCAUGGUGAGGUUUAUGUGGACAAAAUCCCUUACACCUCCACAUGGUUAAAUAUUAACAGCCAGCUUGACGACAUUGAUAAAGAGUUUGGCUUGCCCUAUUUUUUUAAAUGUACUCUGUUUGAGGAUGAUGACGACAACGAUACAGACAAUCAGAGUGAACAAACACAAACUGUUCAAACUGGGAUCAAAUCUUCCAAAUUGGUAGAACUUUUAACUCAAAAUGACCAAUCUGAUGGUGGCAUUAAAUCUGUGGACAGUAAGAGCAAUAUCGAUGAAGAAAUCACUGCAUUACUACAGUCAGAAACUGAAAACCGUGAUGAAAACCAGUGUGAAUCAAGUGAGCACUCAAGUGACUCAAGCUGCUCAUUUAAAAUUGAAGUUUUACGCCCAGAAGAAGCAAAAGUUAUCUUUGAACAAAUGGACCACAACGGCUCAGCUCCCAGAUCAGAAGAAACUGUGCCAAACGAACAAAAUGUGCCCGAGAAGCAAACGUGCAAUGCGACUACAUUAGAGAUGAUCUGUUGUAUUGACAAAUGGAAGGAGAAAUAUUUGGGUUUGGCUUCAGAGGGGGAGUGCAAGUGCAAAGUAGUGCCAAAUCAAGACAAAGAACCACAAUCACUCAAAACAGAUAAUGGUUUUUCUAAGGAGAUUUUUGACUUGACAGAAGAGGUCGUUUCUACAGCUCCUCUCACUGCACCAGGGGACACACAAGAAGGCAGUAGUCCUAACUCAAUUAUAUCUUUAAGCGAAAAUGAGGAUGAAAGCCAAGUCUCUGAGGCCAAUCAAACAUGCCAUUCGAACAGCACUAAUGAACAAGACGUGGCCAAAUUUACAGGAAGCUCUCUCACUGCAAGCCCAGACAGAAAUGCAUUACAAACUUUGAUAGUACACGAGAGGCAAGUAACUACUAAUGAAACUAGCUGUGAAAUGAAGGAACGGGAGGAGGAGUGCAGGACAGAGAAGGAAGAGACUGUAGCAAAGGUGGCAGAGAAAAAACAAGAGCCCUCCACCUCACCACCUGUCAGUUCUCAUGAUGGUGCGCAGAAAAAUGUCAGGAAAUCCAUUAUGGGCACUUCUGAUGCCUCAUUAUUGCAUCCCUCCAAAAAAUGCAAAAUUUCGUCUCAUUUAAGAUCACAGACUUUGUUCGAGAGCUUCUCAAAAUGUAAAAAUUCUGCGCCCGGUGCAAGAAUCGAAUUGACGGUAUUUGGGUCAAAGCAAGAAAUAUGCUCUCCUGCAGGCACUCGGCGAGGAAAUAUUUUGAUGGACAGGUCUCGCCAGCCUCCUGAAAGGAUUUACGUUAAAAUGAACUCUUCAACUACAAGUGACACUCAAAGCGCAGAGUCUCUAAGCAGCAGCUCGGUGAAAAGACGGAUACAUGAAAACUGGAGGAAGAGCUUCCCACUGCCCACAAUUAAAAUUUGGAGAAAGAAUAAAAACUAUUUUAUAGUUGGAGACAGGACUUUGAAGUGCAAAGGUGUGAAUUCAAAAAGAAAAGCGAAUGAGUCUGAUGAUGGCCUAUGUCGUAAAAGGAGGAGAACCAGCACCGUCUCAAAAUCUGUGACUUUACUCGACAAACCCAAGGAUGUUGAGGAGUUUGAACAAGAAAAUGUUUUGAAAUUUAACGUGUUGCCCAGUUCCUUCAGCUUUGAGGAGGGAUCGAAGAACAGUGAUUCAGCUGUGGCUUCCACUGCAGAUGAGAAAACAGUUGCUGAAAAAGUGAAGGAAAAGACGCAAGUUUUAAAGAUGCAAGGAGCCUGGAGUGGUGACUCCACGAACAAGUCUCCUACACGAAGCCCAACCUCAUCCCCUGAAUCCAGCAGCCUGUUUCAGGAGUAUCAGAGGCGACACAAAAUGAACCAGAAGUCCUAGGAUGAGUGACAUUAUCUUAAACCCACCAUUGUAAAUGGAUUCUCUCAUCCAUCUUUUUUUGGUGAAAUAAGUUAUUUCAUGUGAAUCCCAAGUAAAGGUUCCAGUUGAAUUGAGUUGUGAAUUUCCAGUGUUUACCUCUUUCAAUGUUUGAUAUUCAAAUAUGUAAGAUAUAACCUUUAUUACCUCAUUUUGUAUGACUUUCUUUACUUUUUAAUUAGUUUUAUUUUUUUAAAUAAAAAGAUUC